GUUGGAAAAGGGGUGAGCCGCUUCCGGUUACCGGUUCCUGCCGGAGGGGUUAGAACAGAACACUUCCGGUGCCCUUUCUCCCUCCUCCUGUAGCGGCAACGUGGGGGCAGCGCCCGACCGAACUCCCCAUGGCCCAGAACCUGAAGGACUUGGCGGGACGUCUCCCCGCCGGGCCGCGCGGGAUGGGCACCGCCCUCAAGCUGCUGCUGGGAGCCGGUGCCGUCGCCUACGGGGUCCGCGAGUCGGUCUUCACCGUGGAAGGAGGCCAGAGGGCAAUAUUCUUCAACCGCAUUGGUGGGAUCCAGCCAGACACGAUCCUGGCCGAGGGGUUGCACUUCAGAAUCCCCUGGUUUCAGUAUCCAAUAAUUUAUGAUAUCCGAGCUCGACCCCGAAAAAUCUCCUCCCCAACAGGCUCCAAAGAUCUGCAGAUGGUGAACAUCUCUCUGCGUGUCCUUUCACGCCCCAAUGCUGCAGAGCUGCCCAAAAUGUACCAGCGUCUGGGUCUGGACUAUGAGGAGCGGGUCCUUCCUUCCAUCGUCAACGAGGUGCUCAAAAGUGUUGUGGCCAAGUUCAAUGCUUCACAACUCAUCACUCAACGAGCUCAGGUCUCUCUGCUAAUCCGACGGGAACUGACAGAGCGAGCCAAGGAUUUCAGCCUCAUCUUGGAUGAUGUGGCCAUCACCGAGCUAAGUUUCAGCCGCGAGUACACAGCGGCUGUUGAGGCUAAGCAAGUGGCCCAGCAAGAGGCCCAGCGAGCCCAGUUCCUGGUGGAGAAGGCCAAGCAGGAACAGAAGCAGAAGAUUGUCCAGGCAGAGGGGGAAGCCACAGCUGCCAAGAUGAUUGGUGAAGCCUUGAGCAAGAACCCAGGCUAUAUCAAGCUGCGCAAGAUCCGAGCUGCCCAAAACAUCUCCAAGACAAUUGCGGCGUCGCAGAACCGUGUGUAUCUCACAGCUGAUAACUUACAGUUGAACCUACAGGAUGAGGGCUUCACCAGGUAAAGGGGGGGCGGGGGGGAGUGUCAUAGAGGCUCCAAAUAGCUCCAGAAGAUGGAUUCCUCCCUCAAACUCACUCCCUCUCUAUGUGAAUGUUAAAGGUGUUCUGAGCCCCAGAGUUACCCCUCUGGAGCUCUGUCCCUCUGAAUCACAUUUCUCUUGAGUGGGGUGAGUGGAUAGCAUGGGAGGGCCUUGGUUAUAUUUCUAAAGCUUGGGAUUCAAAUCAAGUUAAAUCUAAUUGUUUUUCUCUUUUCUCUUUUGUGGCUGCCUCUCCUGAUAUGCAGAGGAAGUGACAGCCUCCUGACCAAACCGGGGAAGAAAUGAAACUGCUAGAACCAUUCACACCAACUGACAGAGCAAGAUGUGGACCAUACUCUUUCGUGCUGCCCUCCUCUGGCCAGUAGGGGACGCACUUGUUCUGUGAGGAAACAAGAAGAAAAGGUGAAGACUAAAACAAGGAGGCUAACAGAGAAGAAAAAGCCCUAGGGAGAAAGGAAAAGGUACACGUAGGAUCCGGACACCUCCUCAAUUCCAGUCUUCUUGAAAUGCUCCACUAGGUCUGCCAAGCUGUCAAACAUCUCAGCACCUCCGACUGUGUAUCUCCCAUUCUGGAGAGAGUAAAGCUGUGUUAUUCACAUCCCCUAAUGGA